AUGUCGUCGUAUCUGUCCAACAUUCUCACAAACACCACGUCCAAAUACAACACACUUCGACGCAAUCUCCUUUCGGACGAAGUCGACGGCGACACCGAAGACGACUCUCACCUGUGUCGAGCACUGCGCGCAUACUACACUGAGCAAAACAAAGCCUUUCCGCCAUGGCUGCCCAAUGAUCCCAAGCGCUCGGCGUCAGUGCAGUCGACGACGUCCUUCACAUCCAGUCUGCGACAGCAAUCAUCACAACAAGCACCGACAAUCAACGCACCCCAAGGAGGAGGCGGUAGAGGCGGUCUGAGCGACCUCUGGGAUACACCUGGGCAAAGACAAGCAUCGCCACAACCGCAGUCACUGCGAGUGAGACCACAAGAGCGCAGUGGGUCGUAUCAGGGACGGGCUCAGGGAGGAGACAGUCUGGCGGCACCUCGACCAUUGCCGAGUCAGCGAGCAGGGAGCUAUCAGAGUACGGCGUCUCAACAGCAACAAGGAAGUGAUGGUCAAGCUGCAGCGAGCAGCGGAGGCACAGCGCAGGACAGACUCAAGGCGAGGCUGUGGGGAGCUGCAAGAGCUGGAGCUGCAGCGAAUGCCAUGUCGGGGUCAGGAACAGGGGCAGCAUCGCCAGCAGGAUCUGGUCGUUUUGCGAGAAAUUGA